AUGUUUCGUAGACUGUCUUCGUUUACCGAUGAACGCCAAAGGAUCACAGUACCUUCAAAAAGACUGCUGCGUCAGUACGUGACUGUGGCGGUUCUUUUGGUGGCCUCCAUCAUGAACUACCUUUGCAUCGACUUGCCUUCUCCUUUCUUCCCUCAGGUUGCUACCGACAAGAAAGGCUCGAAAGCAGACACGGAAGUUGGUGUAAUGUUUGGUAGUCUUCAGCUGUCCGCCUUCAUCAUGUCCGUGUUUGUUGGAGGAUACCUAGACCGGUUGGGUGCCCGGUUCCUGGUGACAUCCGGGAUUUUCUUAGUGGUUGGAUGUACAGUGCUUUUUGGUUUUCUGGAGUAUGUGAAAGAGUGGUCACCAUUUAUUGGACUUAGUAUCGUCAUCCGAUUUGUGAUGGGAUUUGGAGAAGCUGCAUUUCAUGCAACAUCAAUCGCGUUGUUGUUAGGCAUGUUUCCUACAUGUGCAGGUACUAUGUGGGGACUUGCUGGAUUUGUGGCAACUGUUGGUUUUGUCUUCGGAGCACCGCUUGGUGUAAUGCUGUACGAUAUUGAAGGCUUUUAUUUUCCUUUUGUGGUCAUUGGUGGUAUUUUGUUGUCAUUUACACCACUUUUGUGGUAUCUACUGUCAGACGUCCAUUCCUUAACUGAAGGUACUCAUGAUGAUCAAGCUGAUGAUGAUCCGUCUGAUAAUGAUCUAGUCGUGUCAGUGUGGCAGCUGCUGAAAAUACCAUCUGUAGUGCUAAUGCUCUUGAACGUGUUUGCUUGCUAUACAGCUUUAGCACUUCUUGAUACAUCGUUUGCGUUCUAUCUUUACGAAGAGUUUGGUUGGAACUUGCCUCUUUGGAGCGAGGCUCACAUUGGAUUGAUAUUUCUUAUUGCAGGGGGAGCAUGGGUUGCGUGUCUUGUAAUUGGUGUUGUAGUGGAUGCCACUAAUCCACGCAUUGUAAUGAUCAUUGGGUUACUAAUAACAGGAUGCGGAAUGAUGAUAAUCGGUCCAUCGUUUGUGUUCUCAUUUCUCUCUCCUAAGCCGUGGUGUGUGUACGUGGCAAUGGUACUACUUGGAUUAGGAGUGUUUAUGGUUACAAUAUCUGGUGGUCCCAAUGUCAGUCAGAUUGCUAUUUCAAGAGGAUACGAAACGAGCAUGGCAUUGAAUGGGGCCGUAUCUGGACUUGUGUUAGCAGCCAUAUUUUUGUCUAGAACACUAGGUGUUCCCAUUGCUGGAUUCCUGACGGCCGCAUUGAAUUUUCGCAUCUCCUCCUCAUUUCUUGGUUUUGCCAGUUUUCUGAUGAUGAUUAUCACUAUUGUGGCCACAAUAGUCAAGGCUAUUAUGUCUAGACGACAAUAAACACUUGAGCUUGAUGCAAUUAUAUAGAUAGAAAUGUAUUUAUUUUGUUUGGAGAAUUUGUUAGUAAUUGAUUACUAACAGUUUAGUUCAGUAGUAUUGUAGUAGCUACAGCUAUGUCAAUCAAGUUGCUGUGUCGUAUUGGACAAUAAAAACAAAUUUAUUAAAAGUUAA